CUAAUAAUUACUUUAUUUUCUGUCUAGCUCACAAUAUAUGCCUGUUGCCAAAUGCGAUAUUUUUGUUUCCCAAGUAGCGGCACUCUUAAUCUUGUCGCAGUCAGUCGGCGUUCCUGGAUUCGGUCUCCGCAUCGGCGUGCCGCUUCGACGCCGAAACGCCACCGCGCGACCGGUUUUACAAAAAUAUCCGAUUUUCCAAGUGCCUGCCGGUUACCACUCGACAAUCGCGACCACUCCUCCGGUUGCCCGACAUAUGUCAGGGAUCACGUUUCGGAAAAAACUCCGCGUAAGUUAGUGAUAGUGUCGUCGGCGUCAUAUUAGUGACUGUGAUACCCUUACCAGUAGCAAGAGACUAUAAAAUAUCCUAGUGUCCAAUGUAAGAAGCAAAAGCUUGGAAAUGUUUGCAGCAGUAACCUGAAGAAAAACCUAUGGUCAAAUGCCAAAGCCUCCUCAAUUCAUUAGAAGAUCCAAGGAGCUUGCUUCAAGCUGUGCUUGUGAUAUUUCGAAAAAGCUCGGUGGAAAUCAGUGACUAUUACUAGUAUCUACAGCCUCCCUCAGGAGACUAUAAAGUGCCUGGAAUCCAAUUCAAGAAGCAAGAACAUCAGUCAUCUUUUGCAACAGUAUCCUCAACUUUGACGAAGAAGUUCAUCAGAUUACCAAAUUGAUACGCCUCAAAACUGUUCUAGUUAAAAUACCACGCAGGGCUAGAUCUGGGACAUAACACAAGCAAUAAAUGCACCAGGUCAUCUUCAACUUGUAUCUCUGUAAGCUUGAUGCCAGAAUCAAAACUUGGUUCACCAGAUUCCCAGAUUCUCAAAUUCAAUUUCAGCUGGCAGUGGAAAAAGUCUUGGACCAGAUUGGUGACUGUGAAAAAUGGUUCUCAACGCAUUGUGUGGUCAAAAGUAGCAUUAAAGGCCCAUACAGGAUUAGAACCGAGGUUUGGUCCAAGAAGUAAAAGCUGCAGUCAGCUUUGAAGCAAAAUCUGUGAUCAAACUCAGCACCAAAGUCCUUGGUUUAGACUCAACAAUAACAAGUCAGAUCCAGGGACUACUCUCCAAUAGCUUUGAACAACUGUGGUAGUGCUCACGUUUAAAAAAACUCGGUUGGAGUUAGUGAUAGUGUAACGUGCCUCUUGGUAUAACUGUGAGACAGAAAGUGGUGCCUGUUAUCGCUAUGUAUCAUAAAGUACUCUUGUGGAAUCCCACUUGAGAAAUAAAAGCUCCAAACAAGCUGUGAAGACUGCUAAAACCUAGUGCCAAACUUUUAGUUGAUGAAAAACUAUAAACGUUCGUCCAAGUAACACCCUCAAGAAAAUUCAAGAUUUGUCUUCGAAGAAGCGUGCGUUCUACCCAUCGCUUUAACAGAUUUUUGGAGUCUGCUAUCCCAACAAGGAGCUAAAAUCGCUAUAAAGUAUCAUAGAGGAUCAAUGUGAACGUUAGCACCCAAACCAAAUUAAAAAAGCUCCAAUAAACAACUCUCUCACAAGUUUUAUAUUCUUCAAGCAUCUGUCAUCAUACAACUACAUGGUGCCAGCUGUGGGAAGGUGAUUCUUUUGGAGAAAAUAAUACUUUACAACAGGUCUUGUGGACACCCAAAACACACUCUUCACGAAGAGCUCAGACUGAAGCUGGUGACACUUGAAACGGGAUAUAUCAUCAACUGACUUCUUGGCCAGAACCUACUAUAGUCAUCAAGACAUUAAAGAACUAUAUACAGCUUGAACAAGUUUUAGUAGCAACAAAUUUCCUUGAAGAAGUGCAUCAGACAGUGAACAAUUGUCAAAGAUCUAAAGGCCACGUCCAAAACAAGCACACCAACUUUUUAACCUCAAAGCUUCUUACUUCAGUGUCCAAUGACAGCACUCAAAAAAUGUCUCACCGAAGACCCAUCAAAAUUCCGCUCGCAUGAGUGCUCGUCAUUUUAUACUCAGUUAUACAUUUCGUGAUCAGAACUAUGAGGCACCUGUGACAUAAUGGCGGAUCGCAAGUUAAAGAACAUCGGAAGAAGCGCUAGCACCGAGUCCACGGAAUACUCAGUAACUAUGGGAAAGUCGAUACGAAGGAAGAAGGCUAAACCAAAAGAACGAUGGCUACUGACGAGGAAAACCUGGAGGUACAUGGCCGAUGCCGGAAGGAAACUUAUACCUGACGGGGCUCAGAAUCGCUUAGAAGACGUGCCUAAGAUAGAAGCUUACUUUCAAGAAGUGUGUAAGAAGGAGACUAAGUUCCUGCUUUGGAGGAAAAAUUCCUAUCCUGGAGCGAUAGGCUUCAGGAAGAAGAAACGAGUUUCCAGAAAGGGCAACAGUUGUCGGAAGGCUGUAUCAGCAGACGAAGUCAGCCUAGACAGACCUGAGAGACCCACACAUCUAGAGAUCCUUCCUACAACUGCAGGAAAGUUCGACUUGAGAGAAGAAGCUGGAUCCACAGCAAGCACAACAUUUUCCGAUGCCGAAGUAGAGAAUGAUCAACAACUAGCUGAUAUCUUAGGAGAAUACUUGAAGCUUGAAGAUACGGGCGCUAAGCAGCAACAGUCUCCAUAUAGACCAGAUUUUAGUUACGAGGACCUUGUAGACAGGCUGCAAAGACAUUUGAACGUCUACGGAAGCAACAGGAGUCCUGGAGGUUAUCAGGAUCACACCUCAGCCCCUCAUGCUCACCAGCAUGUCCAUUUCCAAGGAGAUUAUCACCAAAGGUCGUUAUUGGACACGCUCAGUAGGUACUAUGGACAAUCUGGAAAUAGAGACAGGAUCAUCUCUGACCUCUUAACAGACAGGAAGGCUUUGGAGAAGUUGUACUUCGACCUAAGGAAGACCAAGGGUUUCAGGGGUAGUAGAGGAGGUACUGGGUAUACAACAAGCUUCGCGUACGGACCUCAAAGAAAAAAUUACCCUGCAAGUCCUCCUCACUCUAUCUUGAAAGGAAGUCCUUCAGCUUCCGUCUCACCUCCAAUGAUCGAAGUGCAACGGGUUAGUAGCGAGCCUAAGUACCAUAACUGGGCGACUCAAACUUUGCCUAUACCAGAACACGUUCUGGUGAAGGUCGAAGAAGAAUUCAGGAAAAAAGAAAAGGAGAGACGUGAAGAAGAGGCGCAAAGGGAUCAUAAAACCGGUAGAAGGAAGAGUAGUAUAGACAACGACGACGUUUCUCAGUCCGUGAGCGACACCAUCAAGAGGUACCUGAGGAUGGCGCGGAAGAAAAGCGUGGACAUUGACAAGGCGGAUAGAUUCAAACGCGUGAACUACGACAGAAACUUGAGGAAUAUAAAGGCGAAGGGUGAGAUAACGAAACCGGGCGACGACGACGGACUGAACAAGGGUUGUCAAACGAACGACGAUUGGAUUUUGACGUAUCGCAGCCUCCGGUUCGCGGAACAGUACGAAGUGUCGGACGUGGAAAGCAGCCGCGUGUCGAGUUCGAGGAGUAGCGUGGACUUCGGUGCGGGGGAACCGUCCCCCGUUUCGCCCCCGUCGAAGGGCGGUUUCUUCAGCCACUUGCUGCACGGCAAAGACAAAAGUGACGUAACCGAUAAAUGUUCCGCAGGUGGUUCCGGGCAAGGGGCGGGUGUCAUGCAGAAGAGCAAGUCUUCGUCCAGCGUGGUGCACCACGGCGGUAGGUUGAUGGCCAAGAAGAUCUUCAAGUCGAGGUCGAAGAGCCAGACUAGGGUGGCGCCGCCGCCGUUCAACUGGACGCCGCAAGGAGGCUGUGUUUGGACCAAUGUGACAGGAAGGCAAGUGAUAUUAAAUGAUAGCUCCCUGUUGAAUCUGACUGACGUGGAGCGAAAAGUAUUGCAGAAAGUGGCCAUUGCGAAAUUGCAGGCACUCAACCUCGGUGUUGCCAUCAAAAUUCCAAGUGUGCAGCGCUCGGAGAGGAGGCAGUUGUUAGUAGACAGCACGAAUCAAACAAUGAGUGCAAGACAAACAUUUAAGUUGCCGACGUUGUGGGAGGGGAUGGCGGUGGCGGUUAUACGCCCAUUCAACAGAAUACAUCCUGAAGAAGAAAAUUGGGACGACCCAUGGCCCAGAACGCAUAUGGGCACCACACCGCCGCAUCAACCAUCUGAGUCCAGAACACCUAUGAACGCCACACCGCAGCAUCCUCCUUAUGGGUCCCGAACACCCAUGGACACCACACCGGUUAGCCGAUAUGGAGUCAGGAAUCCGGCGCCGGAAGUGGCAGUGGAAGAGAAUUGGGAUGAUGAAGCAGGUUCUAAUUCGGAUCAGUUGAUUUAG